GUUCAACUGACUGAAAGUACAGAUACUGAGGGACAUCCCCUUCUUAAAGCAGAUUUACAUACUGGCUUAAUAAAAUGUAAACCGCUGCACAAGUUGAGUGACUCCCAACACCUCAGCAGAAGAUGCUUCUCUUUAUUUUGCUGCUAUACAUGACUUUUUAUGUUGAGGGGAAAUGUUCAAAGAAUCAUUAUUACGAUGGACUUCUCGAGGAGUGUCAGCACUGCUCCAUCAGAUGCAAAUCCCCACCAAAUAUUUGCAAAACGUUUUGCUCCUCAAGUAAGUACUGGCUUUAUAUCUGGUUCAAAUCUUUUGAUAAUAAUAAGAUUAAAUUAAUUUUAGAUUUAAUUAAUAAGUUAAACAAGCACAUUAUAUUGUCCCCCAAAAUAUCUCAAGAAACAAACAGCAAACAAUUGUAUUACAAAGUCCAGAAUAUUUGUUGCAUGAUUUGUCUCAUUCGAUGCCUUCGUUUUGUUUCAGUACCGGAAAAUGAAGUUGAAAAGAAUCAAAAUAUGCGUUUUAUUUUGAUCGUGUUUUUUGUGUUCCUGGGAGCUUUCAUGGCACUGACUAUUAUUCUGCGAGUGAUACAGAGAAAAAGCUGUAAGCCCAUCAUCAUGAACAAAGUGCUUUGUGAAGAACAGAAGAACUCGGAUGUCACUAAGCAAUCUGAAGAUACGGAUAGAACUACAACUGAUUUCCAGGACGGACUGAAUCAACAUCACUACAACUCUAACCUGCCUCUUCCCUCCACCGAGGAAGGAACCACACUGCUUGUUACAGCAAAAACAGUACAAUCUUACCACUGUAAUCCUGUCAUUUAUGGAGGAGAAACCAUGGAGCUUACAUAAAUCAGCAGACUCUGAAAACAUUUUAUUUCUUAUUAUCUGGUCGACAGUGAUGUUACUUCACCAUUAAUCUAUGCUAACGGAAUAUGACUGCCAUUUUAAUCUGAAAUUGAAUUCUGUAUGCAAUUGGUAUUGUAUGACUGGAAUUUAAAGACAUGAACAUUUACCACGGUUUUACUACAAAGAAGAAGAAAAAAAAAAAGAAUAUUUUAGUAACAACAACGAAAUGACAAUCUAUUGUAGUUGCUGCUAUGCUGACCAUAGUUUAACCACAGUAUUUGUAGUAAAACUAGUAGUUAUACAAAUGACAGGCUAAACACAUGGUUAUUACACUUUUACUAUAUUAAAACCAUGGUUGACUUAAAAAACUUACAACUUAACAUGAUUGUAUAAUAAUAACUUUAUAAAAUAAAACAAUUACUGAAAUUAUUUUAACAAAUUAUUAAAUAUGAAAAUCAUCAUCACCUAAGUUGAUGCUCAUUUUCAGUGACAUUUUAGUUUAACAUAUUAAUGUUACAACCAGAGCCUAUAAAGUGUUAACAAACAAUAGGCCUAUAAAAAAUCAUAGAAUUUUCUUAGCAAGAUGUAGGCUAGAAUAGAUUAACAUUUGAAAAGGUUUGUUUGGAAAUUACCAAUCUAUUAAGUCUUCAGCAUAGGCUAGCAAGAGCUAUAAUGAAGUACUGAAUCUGAAUAUUCUCAAAAGUCAUUCUAAAAAUUAAGGCAGUGAAUUCACUGUAUAUUAUAAUGCCCACAACAACAAUAUAAUGCAUGUUCAUUAUCACAAUAUAUUGUACUUAAUAGUGGCACGAUAUGUAUUACAUUGAGGUAACGUGGUUUUAUAUUCGGACAUUCCUUCAGUGAAAACUUGUCACAUACUUCCUAUAUUGUUUACCAUGGCAUUUUGAAUAUUCGGUCUGGAAAUCACAUGUAAAUAUGACUUCAAAAC